UCGCACGAAGAAGAACCAAAAGGCGCCCUUUAACUGCGCAGUCUCCGCUUUUAGCUGUUCCGUGCUGUAGGUUUCGGUUCGGAGCAGAUCAAGUUAUUUCUCUGUUUUUCCCACUGAGCGUGUUUCAGUGUUUUUGCGGAUAAAUGAGGCCUCCGAACACGUCUCUGUUUGUCCGGAACAUCUCUGAUGAGUCCCGAAAAUGUAAAAGCGUCCCGUUGUGGAAGCGGCCACAGUCAGUUACAAAGACCCGUGUAGAGUAGCUGUAAAGACACAGAGCCCUGCAGGAUCAGAGGGAGGGGAAAGGUUGAAAAGAGAAAGUAAAGCAUGAAGAGGAGAAGGGAACCAAGACAAAGCUUGGAAAUGGCGGCAAAGAAUGAGGAAAAGAAAAGAGGUUUAAGAGGAAAGAGCGAGCAGGAAACCCAAGUCUCUCUGGGAGUCGGUUAAAGAGUGUAAAGAUCAAGAUGAAGUUCAAAGUCAAGCAUGGCCAAAGCAUAUUUGAGGACGUGCGAGACGCAGAAGACGCCCUGCACAGCCUGGACAGGAAGUGGGUCUGUGGCCGCCAGAUCGAGAUCCAGUUCGCCCAGGGAGACCGGAAGACGCCCAACCAGAUGAAGUCGAAGGAGCGACGGUCUCCGGGUCGGUCGUCUCGCUACGACGACUACGACCGUGACGGCUGGCGCCGCAGGUCUCGCAGCCGCAGCUACGAGCGGUACCGCUCACGCAGCCCGUCUCACGACCGCCGCCGCAGACGAUCGGAGAGUCCUCGAGAGUCUCGCGGGCGGGUCUACGGACGCGGACGAAGCCGGAGCCGUGAGGAUGACAGGUGGGGUUCCCGCGCCAAAGGGACUUUUCCCAGCUCGGACUUGUCCCACAUUCAGGUUUACAGCCACAAGCAAGAGUACCGACAGAGGCCGCGCAGGGAGUCCAGGAGGAGGUCCAGGUCCCGCUCCCUGUCCCCCCGAGACAACAUGAACCCCGCCGCCGCCUCCCACUACGCCGCCGAAGACCCGCGCCAGGCUCCGUCCCACUCAAAGUCCCGCUCCAUGUCCCGGUCCCGUUCACGCUCCCGCUCCUGGGCCGGCCGCAAGUCCGGCGGCCGCUAGCAGAACCCCCCCCCCCCCCCCCCCCCCAGUCUGACCCGCGCUGGUCUUUGUUUGAUAUGAAUGUGACCCGCUGACCCGUUUGUAGGAAGCUCCGUGUUUUUCAGACCAGCGCCGCGGCUCGGCCCGCUUUUCUAAACAUGUUUCUGUAAUUUCUUCCAGUCAGAACCUAAACCUGCGGCGGCCGUGUCGGGCGGUACCGCCGCCGGUCCACCUUCUUUCCUCUCCAGUCACUGGUUGUUUUUUUAACGCGUCUGCAGCAGGUUUUCUUUACCUAACCAAAGCGUUCAGUAUUUGCUGUUGGGCCGUCUGGGUCGGGCAGUACCGGUUAGAAUCAGCUUCAGACGUAGUGGGCCGGGAAAUGCUCAGAAAGUGUUAAGCUGUCAGAAACCGUUUCUCUUCAUGGUGUUUUUUAUUUUUUUUGUUUGUUUGUUGCUCCAGACGUCGGUUCUGAAGAACCGCAGCCGGUCCUCGUUUACUCCAGUGUCCCUGCAUGUUUUAUUCUCUCUGUUUUCUGUCUUUAUUAGCAGGAAACUUUUAUUUUCAGUAAUAAAUCGUUCAGUAUGACA